AGUGAGUGAGUGAGUGAGAGUGUGUGUGUGUGUGUGAUUAUGGGCUGGAGCGCAUGAGCAGCUGUGAUGGACUCUGCGGCUCCCGAGGAGGGCUCUCUGAUUGAAGGAGUGAGUGACCCCGUCCUGCUCGUGCUGGGGCUCAGCGUCAGCUUUCUGCUCGCUCUGACGACGCUGCUCUGCAGGAGUGAGCAGCAGAGGAUUCACCCGGAGAAUCAGGAGCACGUGCGUGUGGUCCGAGAGCAGCUGCAGUCGGAGCAGCUGUCGUCGUCUGAGCCCAGGCCUCAGUUCUACUCGGACAUGUCGUGUCCCGUGUGUCUGCAGCAGGCCGUUCUGCCCGUGGAGACCAACUGCGGUCAUCUGUUCUGCGGGCCGUGCAUCGUGGCGUACUGGCGCUACGGGACGUGGCUCGGCGCCAUCAGCUGCCCCAUCUGCAGGCAAACGGUGACCCUGCUGUUCCCGCUCUUCCGUGACACGGGGCACAGCGCUCAGACGCAGGAGGACCAGGUCGAACCCGCGCUGAUCCUCAGAGACAUCCACGACUACAACCGCCGCUUCUCCGGACAGCCGCGCUCCGUGAGUGUGAAUGCAGGCCGCGCUUCUCAUCUGUGAAACGGAAGAUGGAUCAUAUCAUAUAAGUUUGUCUCUUUUACUCACUCUCAAGUCCUUCCAAACCUGUAUGAGUUCCUUCAAAAGUGCUUCCAUAGUGGGUUUUAUUUCCAUGCUAAGGAAGUCAAUGGGGACCAUCAUCUAAUUGGUUACUAACAUUCU